ACAAGUUGGACCGCAGAAGAAAAGCAUUUCGUCGGCGGACAUGAAAUGGGGCAGGCGGUCGCUCGAAGGGCGGAGGACGCCGACCGGGCAUUUAACUGGUUUCCUCAGCAUCGGCUAGUUAAGUGCACCUCCCGCCCCCAGCGCGCACACAAUUGGGACUCACUUCCUGGGUAAAGCGAGGGUCUCCGACGAGGCGGCUUGUAACUUCGCUCCUGGGAAGCGAGAAUGAGGAUAUUUUGCCUCCUUGAACGGACACCAGUAUAGCUGAUGCUUCCUAAUGAAGAUCAACAUAACUCUAACUCAGAAAAACUAAGCCAGUCUUUUUUUUAGAGGACAGAAUCAGGCAAAGAAAACAAGCUAAUCUUAAUACUGUAUUUUGUGGCAUUUUCCUGUCAGAUAAAAGGAAAUCGUAAACGCCAGCCUUCCGGACCACAGAGACCAUUUCAUUUCCAGAAAAUUCCUAGUUUUUUUUUUUUUUUGCCAGCCUCACCUUCUCUGGCAUUCCCAAAGUUUUGGACUUUGGGAAUGCCAAAGUGUUCAGCUUUUUGCAGAACAUGGAUAAGUGUCUUUUUGCCUACCGACAAGACUACCAUAUGAAUUGUCUCUGUUUGUGGUGUAAUGCCAUAGGGAAAAACUAAUUCUUUCAGUGAGUAUGAUAGUUUAAAACUGUCUCCAUUCGACCUCUGAACAUUUAGUUGCUGACUUCACUGCACUACGAUAUUGUCUAAAAAUAAACACUAUAUUAACUACAGCUGGAGAGUUUUCCUAAGUUGCGGUGAAUCGUGAGUUGAUGUAUGUGUGACAUUGCAGUAUUUAAGUAAUGCUGAAAAAUAACUGGAUGCAGAAGCUGUUGAAGGGAACUUUGAAGCCGAUAUCCUGACUGAGCUGGUGACCUGUAGCAAUUUAGUCCUUUCAGAGCUACUGGGAUGUUUAGACCCUGUGCAAUCCAUUUUAAAGGCACUUGAAGCACUUUAGAAAACAGAAGAACAUCUGUAGGGUUGGACAGCCUUUGUUUUAGGAUUCGGACUCGGAACGUCGUGGAUUGCAUGCGUAUAAACCUGCGAUGUCGUGCUGCUGAGCAGAAGUGUGAAUCUUCUGAAUGCACGUUGUGAAGCCUGAGCACUGAAAUGAAGAACUUGUGGCAUUAUUUAGCUGCUGUUUUCCCGCAAAGGUGCUGAGGUGUGUGAGGCGCAUGCCCUCUGCCUCAGUCGUGUUCCGCUCUCCAGCCAUGUGCCGCAGGCCCGAGCGGGUCUGGGUACCUCGGCACCGAUGAGCGUGUCCGGCCACCAGAAACUCUAGUGUCGGCUCCACUUCAGCCCGUCCGUUUGCCAGGAAGCGAGCGCAGCAAGAAUCGGGGCACGCCGGGCCACUGAGGACACCUCCCACCGGACGUUCAGGAUGCCCUUGCCGGAUGUGGCGCCCCCCGACCCCGCAGAGGCACUACUGCAUGGCCAGUUUAGCGGCUGGAGCCGCUCGGGGGGUGGAAGCAGUGACGGGAAUGGCUGCCCCAACAGCCCGGGGGGUGGCGGGGCCAAGUACGCCCUGACGCUAACGCACUCCCACCUGCACGUGCAGAGGCUGUCGGCCCGGCCCGGCAAGGAGGCUCGCCUGCUGCUGCCCCUGGCCGAGCUGCUGGGCUGCAGCUGCCCCCGGCACCCCGCGCCCCCCCUGUUGCUGCUCUACUGGUACCCCUCAGGCCGGCGCCGCAAGGGCGUGUCCCGGCGGCGGCAGGUGAGGGCCUACCUGGCGGAGAACCGCCCUGAUGCGGAACGCUGGUGCGCCGCCGUGCAGUGUCUGCUCAGGGGCGUGACCGUCUGUGCCACUACAGAAUUCAACAAAGGCCUCCUGCCUCGUCCCCGACGCUUGCUGCUAUUGGUUAACCCCUUCAGUGGGCGGGGCCAGGCUAUGCAAUGGUGUCAGAGCCACAUCCUGCCUAUGAUCAGAGAAGCCAGCAUCAGUUAUAACCUCAUUCAGACAGAACGUCAAAAUCAUGCUAAGGAGUUGGUUCGGGAGAUCUCUUUGGCGGAGUGGGACGGGAUUGUCAUCGUCUCUGGCGAUGGACUGCUGCACGAGGUAAUAAAUGGACUGAUGGAGCGGCCCGACUGGGAAGAAGCGAUAAAGACUCCAGUGGGAAUCCUUCCCUGUGGCUCUGGGAACGCCCUCGCUGGCUCUAUCAACCACCAUGCAGGCUAUGACAUGUGCCUCCGGGAGCCCCUCCUCCUGAAUUGCUGCUUCCUGCUCUGCCGUGGAUGUGUCAAGCCCAUGGACCUGGUCUCUGUGACGACCAGUCGGCCGGCCUCCAAUCAGAACGGACGGCCGACCCAAAGACGUCUCUUCUCCUUUUUGUCGGUGGCCUGGGGCUUUGUGUCAGACGUGGACAUCGAGAGCGAGCGGUACCGCGGCCUGGGCUCCGCCCGCUUUACCCUCGGCACUCUUGUACGCUUGGCCUCCCUCAGGUCUUACAAGGGCCGCCUGUCUUACCUGCCUCCCACGGCCGUGACGGCCUCGCCAGACUCCACGCCCCCCCCGCAGAAGCGGCCCCUCUCCCGGAGCAUCACUGAAGGCCUGGAGGGCUUCUGUAGGACCCCCAUCCACCGGACCGUCUCCGACAUGGGUUUGAGUGAGCAGCGGAGUCUGCGGAGGGACGAUGAGGAGGGUGAGCGGGAGAGGCAGAAGGAGCGGGAGAGGAGGCGCGAGAGGAGGCGUGGGCGGGCCAGGGGCGGUGGCGUGACCCGGGCUAGCAGCCUGGCGGAAGACAGGGAGCGGGAACGGGAGGCGGAGAGGGAGCGGGAGGGGGGUGAUGCGCAAGAAGGAAGCCCGCCUGAGGGAGAGGGCAGGACAGAGGUGGGAAUGGAGGAUCCCGAUUCUGACGACAGGGAGGAUGAGAGCGCCACAGACGGGAAGGACGGCAGCUUGGAAGACGUCCUGGAAGCAGUGGAAGCGAGUGAGCAGUAUGGGGCAGGAACCGGGAAGGACGAGUGCGACAGCUGCUACCAGGAGCGCAGGGAGCAGCGCAAGAACUCGGCCCCGUCCAGUCAGAUAGUCAGCGCCAUCUGCGGCCCCCCCAGGGCCCCAGGUCCUCAGCUUGAGUGCGACUCCGGCUACUGUGCUGAGGAGGCGGAGCUGAAUGGGACGUACGCCUUCCCACGGCAGCCCUACACACUGGAAAUGCGGGAGCGCGCUCUCACCAUCUCCUCCCCCUUCCGCCACAUCACCCGCUCCUACAAGCCCAAAUCCGUGGAUCAGAACCAGAACUCUUCCAGACCGCGGCCGCUUUCUCUGCUCCAAUCUAACUCCAACUCCCUGCCCCCAAAGCUGUCCCUGUCCAUGUCUCCGCCCACACCCCCCUCAUCCCCACCAGCUGCCCCCUCACUCACGUCUACCUACCUCACCCCCCGGCCUGGAAGCCCUGGCUCAGCGUCUCCCUCCCCGUCCCUCCGGUCCCCAUCACCCUCUUUCACGUUCGACGUCGCCGAGCCAGCCGGCCCGGUAAAGACCCGCACUGCCAUCAGCGAGGUUUAUGCCCCCCCCAGAGACGACCUCCUCCCACCACUGGACCAGCCAAUACCCACACGGGACUGGGUGACGGUGGAGGGCGACUUCGUCCUCGUGCUGGCCAUCUACCAGUCACACUUGGGGGCCGACCUCCUGGCCGCCCCCCAGGCUCGCUUUGACGAUGGCCUCAUCCACCUGACCUUCGUGCGGGCCGGCAUCUCCAGGGCCACCCUGCUGCGCCUCUUCCUGGCCAUGGAGAGGGGUGCCCACCUGAGCCUCACGUCCCCCUACGUGAGUCACGUCUCUGCCAAGGCAUUUCGGCUGCAGCCCCUCUCCCCCCGUGGGACCCUCACCGUUGAUGGGGAGCUGGUGCCAUAUGGACCCCUGCAGGCACAGGUCCAUCCUUCCAUGGCCAGACUCAUCGUAGGUGACCCUGGAGUGAAGAUCACCAGACUCUGAAUGCUGACUUCCUUCAAUUGUAGCAUUUCACUUUGAGAGAGGAGUUUGUGUGUGUGUGUGUGUGUUUGUUUGUUAUUAUUAUUGUUGAUAUUGCCUGGAUUGCAAUAAUGGAUCAUUUCUGAUUCACUUUAUAGUUGACUGCUAUGGACUUUUGAGGCUUUUAAAGUGCAUUUGCUAAAGGGAUCACUGUAGCACUUGUGGUGUUGCUGCUGAAUUGGGAUGAAUUCCCUGAUGUGGCUGGCUGGACGUGUGACGUCUCUAAGAAUGAAGAACAAAAAUGUGCGCGUGUGAGUGUCGGUUUGUUAUAGUGUGUAUACAUUUCAGUAUAUUCACAUGCGUCAUCGCGUUACGUGUCCCUGCCUUAUCGGAGAAAGCUGCCUUCCGUGAGCCACAGCAAAAGCCACACCCUCCUGUGCACAUAGCCCCUCCCCCCACCGGGAAUUACAGCACUGAUUCAUGGACAGAUACAUUCUACAAAUUCCUUUCUGACUGGCCUAUCCUGCUCACAAAGGUCAUUUACUGGCACUUAAAAAAAAAAAUCUAAAAUACAUACAUGUUUUCCUUGCCAUUUAGGAAAGUACAGUUUUGAAAAGUUCACGCUUGCUUAUUUUCCCAUGAAUUCCCACAUCAAUAAAUUUAUUGCUGAAUGUCUUCGAUCCUGGUGUUUACCGUGCCGCAGUAAUGGAGCCUGAACUGUACCGUUUCACUAAAGGGGAGGUCAUACCUACAGUGAAAGCUUAUAGCAAGCAGACAAAAUCCAGUGUCCUCUGGUGUUUAAUUCGGAGAACACUUUUUGGCUACUCAUGAAGUGUCCUAUCCUCAGACGUCUUUGUCCUGCUGACUAAAGUGUAAUAGUAAUAAUAAUUAAUAAUAGUGAAUUUCCAAUAGAUCUGUUCCAGUGUUUCACAGUGCUGGUCCGCACAACUCAUUAUAUUCUGGUUUUCAUGUUUUGCUGGACUGUUGAUUGAAUGAGACAUUUCAAAACAGGCUUUGUUUUACAAACUAAUUUAUUGCUAGGAAUAAUUAUGCUCCUGAAAAAGUAAUGUUUGCCCCUUCAGAGACAUAAAGCAGUUUUCAUUGUUUAAUUAUGUACUAAAUAUAUGCUGUUCAGUUGUAUUUAUUUCACAAAUUAACAAGUUACAGAUAUGCAUUCGGUUUGCAUAUACGUUUUAUGUUUUGUUCUUUGGUGCACUGUGAUCGAAUAGUCCUCAAAGAAUUUUAUCAUUUGAUGCAGUGAAUGAAUCACUCAGUCUUACCUAAUUGUGAAAGAUUUCAGCUGGACCGAGUGUGAUGGACCAGGACUGAGAAGCACUCAUUUACACAAAAGAGCCCUUUCAGGUGUGUCCGUGUGACUUCUGCCUUGCCUCUUGCAUCCCUGUAUGUCCACAUGCUGUGGUUUGUUUAGUUACUACUGCUAUUACCAAGGACAGCCUUGGAUGGUGCUGAACUGACCUGACGAGGACUUACUAUGUAACCUGUUGUAAUAUGGAUGCUGGAAUCCUGUCACACAUUAUGUGAUGCUCGGGCUGUAAAACCCAGAGUUUCUGUAUUUCAGAAGAAAGUUGGUUUAAGAUCACCCAAAAAAUGCUUUUGCUAUUUGUAUAGUUCUGGCGGUUCUGGAAUAAGCAGGUGUCCUGUAUUUUAUUGAGCCGGUAUAGUCUGAGGAAGAAAGACCAGAAAUGAAGCCCUGUAAUCACACCCCGACCAGUUCAAUACCAGGCUUGGUUUCCUCUUCGAUGUUCUCAUCUUCAGAUGAAGUUGGAUCAUGGCCUGUUGCUUUCUUACUGCUGAGGGAGCUCGGCUAUACGUUUCUGGUCAUGUAGGAUCAUUGUUUCAGUUUUUUUUGCAGUCUCUGAAGGCAGUGAGGACAUCAAAUGUAGGCAUUGAAUCAGUUUACAAUUGGCCAGUGUAUUAGUUAUACAUGAAGAGUUUAAACCUGCUUUAACUUCAUCCAUGAGCAAAGACAGUGUCUUAGAACAAUUUGAUAUUACAAUAAUAAUAGUAAUAAUAAUGGAUUGUGACUAUCUCUAAAUAAUGGCAGUGAGAUGUCUUGUCUAUAGCUGAUGCUUGUAAUAAAAAAUAAAUCAGUUAUGUACAGUUGAUAGUUCUAUAAGUUUGAAGCUUUUCUUCUUGAUAAUAAAUUUUACUUGAAAAGUG